AUGGGGACACCACAGCACACCUUUGUCGCCGAGACCGGGCAGCCGCUCCAAAGGCGCCGCAAGGCGCGGUUGGCCUGCAACCCCUGUCGGGCACGCAAGACCGGGUGCGACGGAAGAAAGCCAGUGUGCAGCGCCUGCUCGCUCCGGGGCUGGGACGACAAAUGUGGUUAUCCGGACAGUGUCAUGCAGCCAUCGGCAGCACUGACCUUGGUCGAGCUUGAUCGAAGACUUCAGAGACUCGAGAGUGAUGCUCGAACCGACCCCAACCCCAACGUGCCCCGCAGAGCUUCCCCAAAUGCAGCACCAUCAGUUGACGCAUGCCUAACACGCUCCUUUAUAGGGUCAAGCUCCGGGCCAGCCGCCUCGGUAGGUGAUGAUAACAAGGAACACCAAGCGCCGGCCGACCCCUAUGGUUCUGACCAACCGGCCGGGACAACGAACAUGACAUUUAUGCGCCAAGGCCUGGAUGUGGCAGGUCCGCGCCAUUCUCACGAUUCAACUGCCAGAUCCGAGUCCCCUGCGUCGGGGGCCGAGUCGCCUACAUUUCCAGACCUAGCCGGGUUCGCGAUGCAGACGCUGGAGCAGCCCCUGGAUGAGAUCGACCCCCACGCCCUCGUGCUUCCUCCACGUCACUUUGCCGAUGAGCUGCUUCGGUGGUACUGGCUGAAUUUCCAUUCCAUCUUCCCCUUCCUCCAUUGGCCCAUGUUCAAAGCCAGGUACCAGGCCGUUUGGAAAGAAAAGGCCGCGUCAAGUCCGACGUUUGAUGAUCUCUUAUUUUAUGCCACCUUGAACAUGGUCCUCGCCACAGCCUGCCUCCGCAAUGAGAUCAUCCCGCUCGACCAGAGGCAUUAUUACGGGGACGAGUUCUACAAGCGGUCUCUGCGACUCAUGUCAGCUGAAACCCUGGACGCCGCCUCGAUCCCUAUCGUACAGCUGCUUCUGCUCCGGGGCGUAUAUCUUUACUUUGCAGGCAGGGCGGAUCGCUGCUGGCUCAUGUCGGGUGCUGCGAUACGCGUGGCAAUUGGACUGGGUUUACAUACCACUCCCAAGAGGCAACUCUCCCAGGUGGAACGGGAGAUGCGUCGGAGAGUGUGGUUCGGCGGCUGUGUUUCCCUGGAUCAGUACGGAGCCCGGCCCGAGUCCUCCCCGCGUGCAGUCUAG